AUGGAAGGCCCGCGAGCCGUGGGACCAUGUCCGGAGGACAGUGAUUUGAGGUAUCAUUCACGUGCUACCCUAAACAGCCCCCAUGUCUGGCGCACCGGCCAACAUGCCCAAGACCCUGCGGUAGCUCAGGAGAGAAGGGUGCUUACCUGGGGUUUCCGAAGCCAAACAUGGUCAGCUCUGAAUUCCCUAUUCGGAAUGUGGGGUGACCAGCAGGACAUGGUCAAGAUGCAAUUUGACAAUGACGAACUCAGGACGGAGCUACGCAAGGCACCGGAAGAGAGGGAUAUUGUCCUCAUUGCUGCGAUGGGCCCGGACUUUCUGAAUCUGGUCAGAGAUUGGUUGAAGGCCAAGGGCUUUGUUGACGGGACCGCAGCUGAUCCUGGAGAGAAGGCUUUCUUUCUCACCCUCACCGCCGAGCCUACAAGUUGCAACAAUCGAGGGCGCACAAUCGGCCUGCUCAAGCGGGGCAAUACGAAACAGCCGCUGUGUGUGCUAGUAUCUAUCCCGGUCUGUAAAGCGGGAUUGAACCUUCAACCCUGCAGCUAUACAAUCAUCGUCGACAUGCCCUGGACCUACGCGGAUCUCACCCAGCUGAUCGGCCAAACCAUUAGGAUGGGGCAAGAACGACUUGCUCGCAUUGCCGUCUUGCUAGUGGAGGGGACCUUUGAGAUGACGGUCUGGACAUUGGUUGAGGCUAAAUGGGAGAUGACCGUGGGGGUUUACUAUGGACUGGAAGUGCUCAAACAAACAUAUAGCAUCUUCAUGAUUGAUGACAAAUGGAUCCUCGGCAUGUUCGACCUGACCAAGCCUGAUGCAGCCCUGACGGAAACAUCCUGA